AUGGCAACACACAACAUUUUUGACGCGCUGAAUUCCUUGAAGGACAUUUUUGGCCCAAUUUCGAACGUAGUGAAUUUAGCAGUUUAUUUGACCUUUCCUGUUGUUGGCUACAGUGCUUGUUGUGGUGGUGGGCUCAUGAUAUACAUGGUUUUGCACAUAAAGUUUCAUGUGUAUUGCAUAUCGCAUAGACUGGAAGAGUUAUCAACAAGAAAAGUAUGUGAUUAUAGUAAGAUGGACGAAUUUCACAUGGAGGUGCGUUCAGAUUUGAAGACAUGUAUCCGGUGCCACCAAGUUAUACAAAUAGCGAUAAGAAAACUAAACGACGCUAUUUAUUUACCGUUUAUUAUACUGUUUUUAAUUGGAUUGAUAGUUCUCGUCGGUGUUUUCAUCAAUAGUACCCUAUACGAAAUACAAGCUGCUACUGAUUAUGUAUUUAUCGUUCACUAUUUGGUAAUUUCAAGCAUUGUUCCAGCUGCACUUAUUUAUGUGGCACAAACAUUAAUAAAUGAGUACGAAAAGAUUUCCGUAAACCUGUUGAACUGUUCAUGGUACGAAUGGAAUUCUACAAAUAAAACUGCAAUGUUAAUGUUCUUACAAAACUCUCAGAAACUUGUAUGUAUUGGAGAUCGAAAUAUGAUUCAUAUGGAAUUUAGUUUCGUACCAAAAGGCCUGAAGUUCCUUUGGAGCACGAGCGUGUUUUUUAUCCAAAUUGUCAGCCCAAGAAAGUAA